GAAAGAAGAAAUUCUAUUCAAUGGCGACUGCAGUCGUAAGCAGUUUCUUCAUCCUUCUCCUCCUCCUUAUUAUAGUUUCGCCGCCGUCCUCCGCCGCCGCCGCCGUCGCCGGAUCUGAAUCGAACGGCCGGCCGCAUUUCAACCGCAGCAGUUUGCCACCUGGUUUCCUCAUCGGAGUUGCCUCUUCUGCCUAUCAGUACGAAGGAGCGGCAUUUGAAGACGGCAAAGGACCUAGCAUUUGGGAUACUUUCGCUCAUAAUUCUUCGGAUAAAAUAGCUGAUAGGAGCAAUGGAGAUGUGGCCCUCGAUUUCUAUCACCGGUAUAAGGAUGAUAUUAAAUUGAUGAAAUAUUUAGGAGUUGAAAGCUUCAGGAUGUCGAUAUCUUGGCCAAGAAUAUUGCCUCGUGGAAAGCUAAGUGGGGGAGUGAACAAGAAAGGAAUAGCUUUUUACAACAAUGUUUUCAAUGAGCUCAUUGCAAAUGGUAUAACUCCAUUUGUUACGUUGUUUCAUUGGGACCUUCCCCAAGCAUUGGAGGAUGAGUAUAAAGGCUUCCUAAGCCCUCGUGUUAUCGAUGAUUAUAGAGAUUUUGCGGACAUUUGCUUCAAAGAAUUCGGUGAUCGCAUUAAGCAUUGGAUCACUUUCAAUGAGCCAUUCGUUUUUAUCAACGGAGGAUAUGAUGGCGGCUUGGUAGGAAAUUUAGCGCCCGGAAGAUGCACUUCUAGGGCUAAAUGCCGUCAAGGAAAUUCCGCGACCGAACCAUAUAUUGUUGGUCAUCAUAUACUCCUCAGUCAUGCCGUUGCCGUGGAACUAUACAAGAAGAAAUAUCAGGCAACUCAAAAGGGGAAAAUAGGAAUUACUCAAAUUAGCCAUUGGAUGGUGCCAAGUUCCAAAAACAAACUCGAUCAUGAAGCAGCUUAUCGUGCACUUGAUUUUAUGUACGGAUGGUUUAUGGAUCCAAUAGUCGACGGUGACUAUCCGAAAAUCAUGAGAUCUAUCGUCGGACAUCGUUUGCCUCAGUUUACAAAAUCUCAAAGUUCAAUGCUGAAAGGAUCAUUCGAUUUUAUUGGAUUGAAUUAUUAUACUGGAAAAUAUGCAUCUCCUAUUGUGAAUCAUAAUCAAGAUGUUAGCAGCACAACCGACAAUAUGGUCAAUCUUACUUCAAGUAUUAAUGGUGUGCCGAUCGGAGAGGCAACAGGAUCUCCAGCAUUUCUUGUGUAUCCCCAAGGACUAUAUGAACUUUUAGUUUAUACAAAGAAAAAAUACAACCACCCUGAAAUUUAUAUCACAGAAACUGGAAUGCCCGAUGCGAAAAAUGGCAAUGUGCAAACCAACGACACUCAAAGAGUGAAUUUUUAUGAUAGUCAUCUUCAGGCUGUUCAACGAUCUAUUCAGCAUGGUGCAAACGUAAAGGGCUUCUUUGCUUGGACAUUUCUCGAUUGUUUGGAAUGGGGUUCCGGCUUUACUAUCCGAUUCGGCCUUUGUUACGUGGAUUACAAAAAUGGACUUAAAAGAAUCCCCAAGGAAUCAGCUCUUUGGUUCAAGAAAUUUUUAGGAAAGAAUUAAAAAGAAUUUCGUGCAUUGCUUCGAUGUUUUUAGUCAUCACAUGAUUGAAUAAUAAUGAGUGUUGUUCUCAUUUCAUCGUAACUUUUUGAAAUAUAUACAUUUUUGUGUAAUGUAUAUUUGUUUUUAUUUUCAAAUAGAUAUUGUACUCACAAUACUUUCGAAUAAAAAGUACGAUGUAUCCAAUGAGAAUGUAAGAGAUGA